AGGCUCCCUCCUCCUCCUCCUCCUCCUCCUCCUCCUCCUCCUGGGUCUCCAGAUGCAGCCAGGCGGCGUCCCUGGACCACCUCCUCCUCCAUCCCAGCCCUGAAGAUGCCUCCGCCGCUCCUCUUCGUGGCCUGCCUGGCUCUGCCUCUCUGCCGGGGGGCUCUCCCUGCCGACCCCCCAGAGCCCGGGGCACAGCUCAGCUUCCAAGCCAGGGACCGGGCCGUCCGGCAGGUCAGCCCUUUCUUCCUCUCGCUCACCAUCGAUGCCAACUUGGCCACGGAUCCCCGGUACAUCGCCUUCCUAGGAUCUACGAAAUUGCGCACAUUAGCGAGAGGCUUGUCUCCCGGCUUUCUGAGGUUUGGGGGCACAAAAACGGACUUCUUGAUUUUCGAUCCCAAAGAAGAGCCAACGCUGGAGGAGAAGGUUUUCCUGGACCAGGUAGCCAGACAAGAUGGUGCAGAUGUUUGUCAAUUCAGAUCUCCACCACUGGACGUUAUGCAGGACUUGCAGUCUCAGUGGCCCUUCCAAGCGAUGGUUCUUCUCAGAGAUCAAUACAAGAAUAAAUACAGAAAUACCACCAUUACACGAAGCACAGUUGACAUUUUGUACAACUUCGCACACUGUGCUGGUUUGCAUCUAAUCUUUGGACUCAACGCCUUGCUAAGGAAAAGCAGCUUCCAGUGGGACAGCACCAAUGCGCAGCUAAUUUUGGAUUACACGGAUUCUCAGAAUUACAGCAUGUCUUGGGAACUUGGAAAUGAACCUAACAGCUUCAAGCACAAGUCUGGCAUUUACAUUGAUGGCUUCCAACUAGGGCAGGACUUCAUACACCUCCGCCAGCUUCUGAACAAUUACGGCCGAUACAGAACUGCCAAACUCUAUGGCCCCGAUGUAGGUCAGCCAAGGAAAAACACUCAGAAGUUGCUGAGGAGAUUCCUGAAAUCAGGAGGGAAAGUAAUUGAUUCCGUUACCUGGCAUCAUUACUAUUUAAAUGGACGAACUGCUACCCGAGAGGAUUUUAUGAGUCCGGAUGUGCUAGAUACAUUCAUCACAGCUGUACAGGAAGAACUCCAGCUUGUUGAUGACACAGUGCCAGGGAAGAGUGUGUGGCUGGGAGAAACAAGUUCAGCUUAUGGAGGUGGUGCUCCCCAGCUCUCCAAUACAUAUCUUGCUGGCUUCAUGUGGUUAGAUAAGCUAGGACUGUCUGCCCGGCUGGGCAUUGAUGUGGUAAUGAGACAGGUGUUAUUUGGAGCAGGAAGCUAUCAUCUGGUGAAUGCCAGCUUUGAACCUUUGCCUGAUUAUUGGCUUUCUUUGGUGUAUAAGAAACUGGUGGGCCCCAAAGUUCUGCAUGUGAACAUUACUGGCGAAGAUCUGAGGAAGCUUCGAGUGUAUCUUCACUGCACCAAUGAGCAUCACCCAAAAUACAGAGAUGGAGACGUGACGUUAUUUGCCUUAAACCUCAAUAACCGCACCAAACGUUUGCUGUUACCCAAUUACUUCGCCAACAAGCAGAUUGAUGAAUAUCUUCUACUUCCUCAUGGAAACAGCCUACUUUCCACGUCUAUUCAGCUGAACGGCCAUCUCCUAAAACUAGUGGGCGACGAAACGUUGCCAUCUCUCAUUGAGAAGCCUCUCAGUCCAGGGAGCAAACUUGGGCUCCCGGCUUUUUCCUAUGGAUUUUACGUCAUAAGAAAUGCCAAAGCCAGGGCUUGCAUUUAGCAAGACUAGUUGGAAGGCCACAGCCGUGUCAGACUUUUGAUGUUUCCAAAUAUUUUGAUACCAAGGAAGAAACCCAAGUGUGUCAAAAGAGAAGGGCAUUAUCUGGAGCUUGCUGUUUAAAAGUUUUUUUCUAUCUUUCUGCAAGAAUUGCUCAAGCACUUUGUUUCAACCGUGGUUGUGCCAAAAAUGGACCUACUCCACUAGGGAUUCCCCCCACUGAACUACGAAUCAUAUGGGAAGGAACAGUCCUUUCUCUCUGCCUGACCUACCUCACAGGGGUGUUGUGUGGAUAAAGUGGGAAUCAGAAGACUUGAUGCUUUGGGCUCAUUGGAGGAAAAGUGAAAUAUAAGUGUAGCAAAUAAUCAAGAGAUGCCUGGCAAUAUAAUGCUGAGUAUAAGUAGGCAACCGGGUAAAGCAUCAAGUCAAAGACAUUUAAAAGCUACAGCGUGUGACCACAUGACUUUAAGGCACAAGGGUUAUUGCAAAAGGCCUAUUUAUGUAGGAGGUUCCUUCUGCUUUCUUAUAAUGCUAGAAAGGCAGAGCUCAACAUAGCAGCUCAGUUGGUCUCAGGGUAUUCAUGAGGAAGUGGAUUUAAUUUCAUAGCCUCUUCUAGAAAUUGGUUUUCUCCGGCAAUAGCAGCUUUUUGCUGCCACCUCUGGCACAUUCACAUGGCUGCAUGCAAAGGCUUUCAUGGCCGGAAUCAUUGGGUUGCUGUGAGUUUUCCAG